GCUCAAUAUCGUUUUCGAUAAUAAUCUCUCUCAUGUAAGUCGCGACAUUUCUUGUCUUAGAUCUGAAACCCUAACUCUUGAGUUUUGCUAUGGAGUCCGUCGAAAUGAACAAUCCCAAUUCGCAAACCCUAGAUCAACCUCCUCCUUCCUCCAACGGAGACACUGCUCCACUCGCAUUGGAUCAUAUGAAUCCUCAGAAUUCGGAGUCUGUGGCUUUAAACGGUUCUUCUACUCCUAUCCCCGAUACUAAUGGUUCAUCAGCAAAGCCUGAGCUCUUACGUCCUUUGCUAUCGGAGAACGGUGUUAGCAAGACGCUGAGUGGUAACGAUAAGGAUCAGUCUGGUGGAGAGGAAGAGACUACAAGCCGGAGGAAGCGUCGGAGUCGGUGGGAUCCUCCGCCUUCUGAGUCCAUUAAUAACCCUAGCGCCGAAGGGGGUACUGAUUCCGGUACUGGGACUAGGAAGCGUAAGUCGAGAUGGGCAGAUGAUGAGCCGAGGACGCAAAUUCAGUUACCUGACUUCAUGAAGGAUUUCACUGGAGGUAUUGAGUUUGAUCCUGAGAUUCAAGCUUUGAAUAGUAGGUUACUUGAGAUUAGUAGGAUGUUGCAGUCUGGUAUGCCUUUGGAUGAUAGACCAGAAGGACAGAGGUCUCCUUCACCAGAGCCUGUGUAUGAUAACAUGGGAAUUAGGAUCAACACUAGGGAGUAUCGAGCGAGGGAGAGGUUGAAUAGAGAAAGACAAGAAAUUAUUGCUCAGAUUAUCAAGAAGAAUCCUGCUUUUAAACCUCCGGCAGAUUAUAGACCUCCUAAGCUCCAUAAGAAGCUUUUCAUUCCAAUGAAGGAGUUUCCUGGUUACAAUUUUAUUGGUCUGAUUAUUGGUCCCAGGGGUAAUACUCAGAAGAGAAUGGAGAGGGAGACUGGUGCAAAAAUUGUAAUUCGGGGUAAAGGGUCUGUAAAAGAAGGUAGGCAUCAGCAGAAAAAGGAUUUGAAAUAUGACCCUUCUGAGAAUGAAGACUUGCAUGUUUUAGUCGAGGCUGAGACUCAGGAAGCUCUUGAAGCUGCUGCUGGUAUGGUUGAAAAGCUAUUGCAACCUGUUGAUGAAGUGCUCAACGAGCACAAGAGGCAACAGCUCAGGGAACUUGCAACCUUGAAUGGGACAAUAAGGGAUGAAGAAUUCUGUAGACUGUGUGGUGAGCCAGGACAUAGACAGUAUGCAUGUCCUUCUCGUACGAAUACCUUUAAGAGUGAUGUUCUUUGCAAGAUCUGUGGUGAUGGUGGACACCCUACUAUUGAUUGCCCGGUGAAGGGUACUACUGGGAAGAAAAUGGAUGAUGAAUAUCAGAACUUCUUGGCAGAGUUAGGAGGAACUGUACCUGAAUCUUCUCUCAAACAGAGUGCUACCUUAGCUCUUGGUCCGGGAAGUUCGGGAAGUAAUCCUCCAUGGGCUAAUAAUGCAGGGAAUGGUGCAAGUGCGCAUCCUGGCUUAGGGUCAACUCCGACUAAACCCCCCUCCAAAGAAUAUGACGAAACAAAUUUGUACAUUGGGUUCUUACCUCCGAUGCUGGAGGACGAUGGUUUGAUUAAUCUCUUUUCAUCCUUUGGUGAAAUUGUGAUGGCAAAGGUAAUCAAGGACCGUGUGACUGGGCUGAGCAAAGGCUAUGGUUUUGUGAAGUACGCUGAUGUACAGAUGGCUAAUACUGCUGUUCAGGCAAUGAAUGGCUAUCGUUUCGAAGGCCGAACACUCGCUGUCAGGAUUGCAGGCAAAUCGCCACCGCCUAUUGCACCUCCAGGACCUCCAGCUCCUCAACCACCAACUCAAGGUUAUCCUCCCUCAAACCAGCCGCCUGGUGCCUAUCCAUCUCAACAGUAUGCCACUGGUGGUUAUUCAACAGCUCCAGUUCCUUGGGGUCCUCCUGUUCCUUCCUAUUCUCCAUAUGCUCUUCCCCCUCCUCCUCCUGGUUCUUACCAUCCUGUCCAUGGUCAACAUAUGCCUCCUUAUGGAAUGCAAUACCCACCACCACCACCUCAUGUGACACAAGCACCUCCACCUGGCACUACUCAAAACCCAUCUUCUAGUGAACCCCAGCAAAGCUUCCCACCAGGAGUACAAGCUGAUAGUGGUGCUGCUACGUCGUCUAUACCACCAAAUGUCUAUGGUAGCUCAGUCACGGCUAUGCCUGGACAGCCUCCAUAUAUGAGUUAUCCGUCUUACUACAAUGCUGUUCCCCCUCCAACACCUCCUGCACCGGCCUCGUCUACUGAUCAUUCCCAAAACAUGGGUAACAUGCCAUGGGCCAACAAUCCUUCUGUCUCAACACCUGAUCACUCACAAGGUCUUGUUAAUGCACCUUGGGCACCUAAUCCUCCUAUGCCACCCACUGUUGGCUAUUCACAGAGCAUGGGGAACGUACCCUGGGCUCCCAAACCUCCAGUACAGCCUCCUGCAGAGAAUCCAUCCUCUGUUGGAGAGUCUGAGUAUGAGAAGUUCAUGGCUGAGAUGAAGUAGCAUGCGUGUUCUGAUGAGAAACUCCUUAGUGGAGAGGUAAGAUGUCCUCAUUUGAUGUUAUUGUUUGUUCUCCGUAGGAUAAAAUUUGAAAUCGAAUCAACUGGCUUUCAACAUAGGAUCAAAAAAGUUCCAACGUUUAAAAAAAAAAAAAAAAAAAAAAAUCUUUCUCAACCUCAUAUAUUUAGAGUUCCAGUUUGCAGGAUACUGACUUUUUGUCCAUAAUUUUGUUCUCGAAAGCCUUCCUUCUCAUGUAAUAUAUCUGUUCUAGUUUUAUCACAUAAUAACUAACUGCUAUAGCUUAUAAUAUGGUCACUGAUGUGUUUGUGAGCAAUGCCACAGCUACAGGAGCAUCUGUCCUGGUAUUCAAUUCUGAAACAUAGAAUCCGGGAGUUGGAUGUUCGAAUUUUGUCAGUCUACCCUUUUUGCUCUAUGUUUUAUUCAGUAACUUUUAAUGUGUUUUCUAUCCCACAUGAAAAGAAUUUGUUUUCACUAAUCAUUUUUUCUAUUUUACAACAUCUAAACUGCUACUAGAAUAGAAUCCAAAAGUUUGCCCCUGUUAUUGUAUACAUCUCAUUAACACGAAUCUUUGUUUUGUUGACAUUGUUAAUUUUUUUCAGGUGUGAUGUUUCUUGGAGAUCUUGUACCCUGAUUUCUUACAUCUUUCUUGUUGGAAGUUUGGGACUCACAUCCUAACCCUUGCUAUGCUGUUGUGAAAUAUGCAGAGAUUCAGGCUGGAAGCUCCCUGUUCAGACAAUUGCCUUUGCAGAAAGGCCAUGAGAAUUUUAUUAAUGUUACUGAUAAUAAUUGCUGCUCUUUUGUAGGACUACUAGCAUUAUGGCCCCUGCUAUGCAGGGUCAUAGUAUCUGGCAUAAAAUAUAUCAAAUUUUCAAUUCAGUGGCUUGUACAAAUAUUUUGCUUAUUAUUCGGAUGCGUGAAAUAUUGAAAAAAAAUUCUAGAUGAAGAAUAUGGAGAGAAAAUUCCCUCUAUUUUUUCUGAAAAUAAUAAAUAUAAGUAGACACAUGGAGAUCGUGGAACUUGUGGGAGUUAACCCUUGUAAUAUGAUAGAAUUGUUUAGGGACUAUUGGGC